AAUGGCCAAAUUCCUUAUUGUAUUGUGCGCCUUGGUUGCCUGUGCCGCUGCUAAACCCGGUGUUGUAGCACCCUUGGCUUACAGUGCUCCCGUAGCUGCUGCCUACACCGCCCCUGUGGCUGCUGCCUAUACUGCUCCAGUAGCUGCCGCUUAUGCUGCCCCAUAUGCCACAGCAUAUGCUGCUCCUUACGCUACUGCUUAUACCGCUGCCUAUACUGCUCCUGUUACUUAUACCGCCCCAGCUGCUGUAGCUGCUCCUUUGGCUUAUGCCAAUGCUCCUUUGGAUGCCGCCUACGCCAGCAGCCGUGUUGAUAUCAAGCAAAACUAUAAUGCCGCUGUUGUACCAGCCACUUAUGACGCUGCUCCCGUUGCUGCUGCCGUAGCCCCUGUUGCUACCCCAGUUGCUGCUCCUGUAGCUCCUCUUAAAUACACCGCUACUUUGUUGUAA